CUCUUUCUUUCCCUCCGUCGACGACGCGCGACGACGAAAGUUGACUGACCGACGUGACUCACGGGAUCACGAGUCAUUCUCGAGCCGUGGUGAUCGUCGCGUCGUGUGAUCGCGGGUGCGUUUCUUGCGGCCUUAUCGCGUCACCACCGAGAAAAACAUUGUAUGAUAUCGCAUUAUUAACACGUCGCCGAUCGCGUCUCGCGCGGGAUUGAAUCACGGGGGAAGAAACGCUUGUCCUUGAGCGUGCACCACGCUUUUGCUGGUCGCCUACGUGUAUCGUUUUUAGCGCGGAUUAAUCGAGAGAUUAACUGCGAGGGGAGAGAAGAAUUGAAGAAAGCGAUACUUCUCAAGACGUGCGCCGUGCUAAUCGUCGAGUUGCAUUCGCCUUCUAAUUCAACCUCAAAGAGAAGAUCUCCCACGAUAUGACAAAAGACAGUGACUUCUAGAAAUCAGUCGCGUCCUGCAAAUUCUUACGACUGAUCCGUAUCGCGAGUCAUUCGCUAAGCUCUCUCGAGGAGUUCUCCUCCGAUUUUCGCUUUCUCGACGAGGCCGAGCGACAGGCGUUAGCUUCGCCCGCUCCCGGCGUCACGAUUAAGUGCCCGAGGACGGGGGCUGUUAGGAGAGGCGGUCACGUGCCACCUGUUACGAGCCGAUCCGCAGUGCGGAAGGGUCGCGGGUGCCCGUCGCGGAUCAGCGUGUCGGCCGUCAGGCAGUCGCAGGAGAAUGCGACUUCGCGUGACGACGCAAUCCUGGCUGAUCCUGGCGGUAGGAUGUUGACGGCCCGAUCGGGGCCUCUCGGGCUCGGCGUGCCGCGAACCCUGGGGCCCGCGGAGGGAAGCGACCACCUCUUCCUGCUGCCGGAACGUGCCCUCGUCAUGGAUAGCACUCAUCUGCGACAGGACCUGGCCGGUCUGGACUUCAACCUGCACCUGAAUCUGCUGCACACCGCGCCUCGCGGCAACGUCUGGCUAUGUGAGUACUCCGCCAAAAAGAGCUGCUAUACAGGUCGUCCGGAUAAUCGCGCUGGAGCCGCUCCUGAGGAAACUAACCAAAGGUCCAGUUCUGCACACAAUCGCCACUCUCUCACGAAGGAGCAAACGAUGCACUGGUUCGCCCAGAUUGGUGGUGACAACCCCCUCGUUUUGUCAGAUGUGAAGCGCCCGCGAAGUCUCUACGACGAGGACUCCCUCGACGGCGAUCGUCCUUACGAGAAUGAAGGACGGGAGUCGACGGGAAGCUCGAAAGAGUUGGACAGGGCGAAGCUCGUCCGCGAGAGGCAGAACGAGGAGCGGCAGCGGAAGUUGGAGGAGCUCAGGCAGCAGGCUCUCGCCGCGCAACGUUUCCGCGAGCAGCGCGAGGAGGAACGACGAAGACGCAUCGAUGAGCUCAGAUCGCGCGAUAACGACAGACGAAACCAAGUCGAAGAGAGAAAACGGCUGAUAUGCGAGGCGGAGCGGGAGAGACGAGAGGCUAUCCUCCGCAAGAAUCAGGAGAGGGAAGCGCGUAUCGAGGCAAAGAAGAGGAACGAGAGAUCGCACAUCGUCUUCGCGUUCGGCAGCUCUACGCCGCGAAUGCUGGAGCCCGCCGACACCGGCGGCUCUACCUUCUGGGGCACCCGCAGGGCCACCUCGACGACCAAUGUUAUGAUGUUCUCCGCUGCACAGCCUCUCACGAGGAGAUCCUCCGAGAGGGAGUUGGACGGCAGCAAAAAACGGGCCACUUCCGCCGGUGGAAUCGAUCGAAAGCCAGGUGAAGAUAUGAGAAUGUCCUCGUCCAUGUACGAGGUGUUCAAUUGGAAUUCUAGCCCCGAUCCCCCCUUAACUCCUGCCAAGCAUAAGAGAGCCAGCCUCUCUCUGCCCCCCACAACCGACAUCUUUGCCGUCGAUGAUAAGUCUGAUAGCGACACUAGGCGUCCCAUGAUUCAGCGGGUUGCCAGUGGUGAUGAUAGUGACGGUGGCACGCCCAGUACCCCGACCUCGGUUUACCUACGUGUGAACAGGAGACGCACCGACCUCAUGCCGACGAUACCGUCCCCGCGUGACGGCCCGCCGUCGACGGCACGCAGCUCCAGCGCCAAGGCCUUCACACGCUCGCCAGGUAGGACUUACUCCAUGUCCAGGCUGGACCAGCUGGCGCAGCCUAGGAAGGGACGCGCGGCUGAACAGCAACUCGGCACGCUGACGGAGCAACGGCAAAGCCAGCCUCUGCAGAGCGCUUCUAGCAUGAGUCGCAGCAUGUCGCACUUGGCCGCGCCCGGGGGAGCCAAGAGCCUAAAACGCUCUGAUAACUCGCGUAGCAUGGGCACGCUGCCGGGCGCGGCGCCUAUGCCCAGACCCACCCGCGCCGAAAGACUGCGCCGAAAGGCCCGCGAGCACCAGCAGGCCCAGCAACAGCAAGGUAUCCGCAGCGGCGAAGUGACACCCAACAGCCCGUCCCGACCGCACAGUUCCAUGAGCCAGCAGAGUGCCAGCAGCGUGGGCAGCAGUAAUGUCAAUCUGCGUACCCGCACGGCCGCGUCGCGCCGACCGCGGCCUGCUUCUAUCGCCGGUACCGGUGUCUCGAUCACAGAGAAACACAAUCUGGUGGGUGAUGCGAAAUUAACGAAGGAUUCAAAGCCACCACUGCCAAAGGUCCAUAGCACUCCAAAGAAACCUUCUAUACCCAAAGUUGCGGAAGUGAGGAAGCCAACGGAGAAAUUAAUCAAGAAUGCCAAGUCAUCACCGCGAAUAACACCGAAGGCGACACCUCUGCAGAGCCCUGGAGCUGAGCACGCACCACUCAUCCGCGAAACUAACGCGGAAAUCAUAAAGCAGGAUGAGGGUAAAGAGGCGCAAAAUGUGAAAUCAGAGGACAAGAACGAGGAGAAGAAGGAUCAGGGUAGCGAGAAGACACAGGAAGUGAACGUUACUGAAUCCGUAACCAACGACACAAAGGCGGCAGAACCUGUGUCGGCAAGCAAACAAGUCAAAGAUGAAACUAAUUUAAUGCAAGAGAAUUUAUCGGGUGCUAUCACGGAAGAAUCGAAAAUCAUUAAAAAGGAGGAGAACAAGCAAGAGAAAAAAUCGCCGGAGACCAUUGAAACCAAGCUUGAGGGUGAAGUGGAUGAACAGGUUGACAUGUCAGCUUCCAUGAUUGCGAAAAUCAGAAUCACCACUGAAGAGGAAGCAAAAGCCGCUCUGGCAGAACGUAGGAGAUUAGCUCGAGAACAAGCGGAACGAGAAGCGGAAUUAGAACGCCUGCGACAGGAAGAAGAAGCGCGUUUAGAAGCUGAAAGAUUACGCGCGGAGGAAGAAGAGCAACGUCGUCUAGAAGAAGAAACUAUACGCUUAGCUAACGAAGCUCGACAGGCAGAGGAACAGCGAUUGCAAAUGGCAAUUGAAGAAGCUAAACGUCGCGAAGAAGAGGAUAGAAGAAAAAGAGAAGAGGAAGCUCGCCAGAAACAAGAGAAGGAAGAAGCAGAACGUAAAGCAAGAGAAGAAGCAGAAAAACAACGAAUUGAAAUGGCUGAGAAGCUUAAGAGGGAAGAAGAAGAGCGCAAUGCCAGACGCAAACGAGUUGAGGCGAUCAUGCUUAGAACUAGAGGCAAAAAUCAAACCAAUACAUCUAGCAAGGGAGAGAGUGGUGAUGGCGACAAGUUAAAGGAAGACAGUCCUACCGACGAAAAUAAAUCAGUACCGGAUAGUAGAGGCGACGACGUCAUGACAGCCAGUUUAAUUUCCGAAGCGACUCAGCAGUUCAUCAACGACGAGCAACGAGCGCAUCACACGGAAAACAGCGUACUUGCAUCAGACAUAGUGCACAAUGGCACGACACAUAGCAAUGGCAUUAACGAAAAUAGAAUUGUAUUGGAUAAUAAUCAAGGUAACGUUGAAGGAGAGUUGAAUGGUCAUCAUACGAAUCACGGGAACGGUAUCAACAGUCAAUCGAUUACACUGGACAAUGCCACUGUCAAGCAAAACAACGUGACCAACAACCUGUUAGACUUGUCGGACUUCGACACUCUGAGUAAUAACAGUAGUGGCUACGAUACCGGCCCUAUUCUCGAACUGACACCCAAUCUGGCGAACGAAGAUACCCUCAACUCCAAUCUGAACCCGGCGGCGAUACCGUUUACCCCAAUGGGGUUCGUGCCCACUCCUGCUAAUGCCAAUGUCAAUCCGUUCCAGGACAAUUUCAUCAAUAAGCCACAAGACAACAAUCAAGUACCAGAUUUAUUGUCAUAAGAUAUCUCUUAAAUGUUCCCGGACGAACACAGGAAGAGCAAUUAGGUAACGGAUAGUCAAGUUGCUCAUGACGAGCAGUAGCUAUAUUCGGAACGAGACGUUGUUGUUUAUGAUAAUGUAAAUAACCGCCGUCGCGCAAUGUAUCGUAUGUAAAGGGGAUAUCUAAGUAAAGUGAGGGAGGAGCAAAAUCAUCCUCAGGCUCCCCACGAUCAUGCCGAGUUCUAAGCGUCGUCACCGGGAAAAAGGCAGUGUAAAAUAAUAUAUAAUGUUAAUUAAUAUUAUGCAACAGCAAGUGUGGACACUCAAUCUGUGUGUCGUAGUACGCUAUUAGACAAAUGUAACUUUCUAAAGGAAGGGGUUGAGGCCUGUUUGUAACACAACAAUUUCGGAUACACGGACGUAUUUUACGAUAACAAAUCGACAUAAUAAAGUUAUUUUCUCUCUCACAUAUACAUGCAGACAUACAUACAUAUAUACACAUACGAUUUCGCCCUUAUCACACACAUAUACAAUAUAUAUGUGUAGAUUACAAGCUAGGUUUUUGAGGCGUUAAUCAGUAGAGAUGAGAAAAGCGAGAAUUGCGCGGAGAAUAACCGACGAAUGAAUAGCACAAGAUAUAAAAGAAGAAGAAGGAUAAAAUAGGAGUCGGAUCAAAUGCUAAGAAUGUAUCUGUCGAAACGACGGAUUAGAGAAUGUCCCUAACAUAUAUAAGAGAUAGCGUAGCGAGUACUAUCUUAUAAUAAUUUCACAAGCGGAUCUAAGCGCGUUAUCGCGUAUAAGGUAAGAGACAUUCUGCGGAUAUGACAUGGGGAAAAGUAGCACAGAUAGAGAAAAAGAAAACACUUUUCUUCCAUACCAGAUUUCGGGGCGUGCGCUCACUAGUCAAGCAAUCUUACUGUUUUUUUUUUCUUUUCUUCUUUUUAUCGUAUUUCAUUUAGAGGGCCUAUUUAACAUUGGUAUAUACUCUAGGUAUCCGCUAGACUUCACUAUUGUUACGUUUUUUUGUUUUUUUUUUUUUUUGUUGAAUCGUGAAUAAAUUUUCUAGCUGUGAUGAUGACGAUGACGAUAAUGCUGAUUGCUUUGUGAGAUAGCCGCUGCAUAAGUUAACGGAGUGACGAUCUAGUAACGUUAAUUGUAAGAAUUGUUACACCGGAAGUGUUACAGAUGGGAUUAAAUUGCACUUUAUUCGACAAAGGUGAAUAUGAUCGAUACUGCAACGUUAUGUGUAACGUGGGAGCGUAUAUCGCUACAACGUCUAAAAGGUGCGAGUUUUACUUGUCAUUACUUGUGACAUAAAAAUAUUAUGUGGAAUAUAGCAUUAUAUUUUGCGCUCGCCCUAUUUCACGAUAUCACAUAGAAUUCGGCGAUAGAUUAUUUAUAAUGAAAUAUAAAAAAAUAAACACUUUUGUUAGCCUGAUUUUAUUCGGAAUAUAUGAUCGAGAAAAAUGUUUAUCGGCACUAGAGAAAAAAAUAGAAUUAGUGUACAGAUCAUUUGUUAUUGAAUUUUUCUCGUACAUUUGCGCGCGUGAUUUAUCUCCCUUUUUCCCCUCGCUCUUGAUUUUACUUACAUUUUAUUAUAAUCGGCGUAAAGGAAUCAUCGAGCUGCAAAAUUGGUGGUAAAAAUUGAAAUUUUCUUGUUAUCGUUUUUGUUUAAAUCUAAGAUUUUUCUUGUUUGUAUUUGCGACUUAUUUUUCGAGAGUCGGAAGAGAUUCUCUCGAAUCCGCGAAUGAUCGAUAUAUUUUCUUAUAGACAAUUAAUAUUUUUAUCGAGAAUUGUUAGAACGAGCGUGUUUGUACAGAAUUGCCGUCGCGAGUCACUUGUUCAUAUACUGAAAAUAUCUCGGCCAUUAAAAUGAGAAUAGGAAACAGGAAAAGCAUCUAUACAGCUUUAGACUAUGCAAAGUGACAGAUUUAUUGACACAUUUUACCGCCCGUUCUCACACGAGAAAUUGUCUCUGCGUUUGUCUUGUAAAAUUUUAACAUUGUAACGAACCUAACGCCUAAUUCGUUACUACUUAUUGUAUCAAACUUAUUUAUAUUAGUUCUCUUCUCUUUUUCAACAAUAUUUAUUAACCGUUUGGACACCGUAUAUUAUCCCUGCGUCACGUGUACACUUAUACUAUUUUUAUUAGAUUUGGUUGAGACUCUAUAUUAAAACUAUUCUAUAAGAAUACCUAUAAUAAUAAUGAUAAUUAAAUAGAGUACGAGAGAAUGUUUCUAAAUAUACAAUAACGAAACAAAAUGCUAAAUAUCAUCAGUCAUGUCUAAAGAAACAAAUACUUCAUAUUGUAAAAAAUGCUUGUAUGUAAUAAAUACUUAAUAUUGAAAAAAAA